AUGGACGAGGAGAAUCCAACCGAUCAGCCUCAAGUAGAUCUUCCAGCUAACAAUGAUGACGCUGAGGGCGCACCAGAAGCUAUGGAAGUUCAGGAAGAUGCUCAGGAUGCUCCUGAAACUCAGGAAGCUCCAGAAGCCCCAGAAGAACAGGUUCAAGAAGAGGACAAGGUCUAUCGAGAAGUGCACGUGACAAUUCCGGAAAUCGGAAUGAUUGCUCAGAGAUACUUUCUGGAACAACGCAACGGUAUUGUAAAACUUCUGGAUAAUGCUCCAGCUGGUGCCAUCCAACUUCCUAAUUUGCCAGUGCCGGAGGUUCCAAUUGUUCGUCCAAUUCCAAUCCGCCCAGACGGGGCUGUUCGCCCAGAAACUGCACCAGCUAUUCAGGAAAUCGGCCCUCCAGUUCAGCCGGAACCAGUUUUUCAAGAAGUGGUUCCAGAAGCUGCUCCCGUAGAACAACCACAGCCAAUCCCAGCUGGUCUACAAAUGAUUCCAGUCUUCCGACUGACACAGCCAGUAAACCAAAUCGCCCACUCUAUGAUUGCCCUCCUCCAGGCCCCACCUACACAGGUGGUUAUCAACUAUUUCCCCGCCCCAGCCCCCCAAGAACCAGUCAACCUUAACCCUGCCCUUGUUUUUAAUCAAUAUCCUUUAAAUCUCGAACAACACAUUGUUCCUCCUCCUCUAUACCCGUAUGGACACCCAGGCCUCGCAAUGACUCCGAAUCCCUAUGCAUUGUGGAAUCCAGGGGAUGGAUUGUUAGGUGAUUUUGAUAACUGGAACCUCCGUGCUCCUCUUCUUCCUCCACAAGAUCCUCUCUAA